AAUAGAUUGAAUGAGAAAGAUGGCGACUGUACAUCUGACAGAGUUUACUAUACAUAAAUUGUCGCCAGUGAUUGCCUCAGUAAUGCUUGAAACUAGUUUGUGUACUGUGCAUUUAUUUAACAUUUUCAAUAAUUGCUUUGAAAUAAUACCAACGUUCCAUUGAAAAUUAAAUGGAUUUCAGAUUUUUAUUUCGCAAACGACGCCGUAUUUAUUAAAUUUUUAAGUGAGAAAUUUUACUGAAAACAAUGGCUUACGUUGGAAUUAGUCAAUAUAAUCACAAUCAACAGAUUGAUGAAUAUGAAUACGACGAUACGGAGAAUUUUUAUGACGACGAAGUAAAUUUUGGAAAUUAUCUUGAUGUAGACGAUAGCGAAGAUACUGAGGAAGCUAGUGAAUCCGAAUACGGUCACACGAGCAGAAAUCCAAAUGAACCACUUGAAAUUAAAGAAUUAAUGUACCAAGAUAAAUUAUCAAAUUUAAAGAAACAAUUAGAGCAAUUGAAGAAUGAUGUCCAUCCAGAAUAUAUACGACGCUAUCGUAAGCUAGAAAGUCAGUACAAAGAGCGUUUACGUUUGAAUGAAGUUUAUCGUGAUUUUUCGAUUGAAUGUGUUGAACGUGAUUUUAUAACAGAGAAAAAAGCGGCACUCAAAGAAUUUGACGAGAAACGUGCCGAUCUCAAAGAGAAUCUUAUUGCCGAAUUUGAAGAUAAACGUAAGCAAAUUGAAGCUGAGCGCCAUUCAAUGGAAUUAACCGGUGAUUCGACUGAAACAAAACCAACUGUAACGAGAAAACUUCGACGCCGACCAAACGAUCCAAUUCCAGCUGUUGCGGAAAAGCGACGAAAACCAACUGUAAGCCAACUCGUAUUACUAUUGGACGAUAAAGAGAUUGAGAAUGACCUAAAAUUAAUAAGUCGAGGCAAACAAAUGACAACAACACCAAUUCGAUCACCAUCCGUAAAUAGUAAUGGUUUAUCAGCGUUGAAUGCAAGUCUGGGCAUUGCCAGUUGCUCAUUACCACCCACCGAAAAUUAUUCGUUGAUUGAAACGAAAAUUGAGGAUGGUAAAUUAUUGUUCGAACGACGAUGGUAUCAUAGGGGGCAACCAGUUUACAUUGAAGGAAAAGAUAUAGCCAAAUUUGCUGCUACCAUUUCAGCAAUCGGCAAUGAAGUUGUUUGGGUGAAAAAAUUAAACGAUAACAACAAAGUGAAAAUUCCAACAAGCCAUUUAUCGCGUGGAAAAAUAACGAUAAAACGAAGGGCCAAUUAAUAGUAGAAAAUCUCCUUUUAUACAUUCUGUCAUGCGUUAGUGAAUAGAUUUUAAUUAUAAAUUGCAUUCAUAUAUUGAUAUUACGUUGUAGAUUUAAUGGAUUUUACAUUUCAAACCAAGUUUUAAUAAAAGAAAACUAAUGGAAAACGACUACUAAGAA